AUGUCUACCGAAUCCAAAUUCUGGCAACCUCUCAAAUUGGGCAACAUCACCCUCUCCCACCGCCUCGCCCUCGCCCCAAUGACCCGUCUCCGCAACGACGAAGCCCACCUCCCACUCCCCUCCGUAACGAAAUACUAUUCUGACCGCGCCAGCGUCCCAGGAACACUCAUCAUCAGCGAAGCAACCGGCAUAUCCCCCACCGCCGAAGCAGCACCCAGUACGCCCGGCAUCUCCAGCGCCGAUCAGAUGCAGCACUGGAAGCAAGUCUUUGACGCUAGUCGCGGGUUGAAGUACUCUUCUAGUAGUGAUAUUGCGCUGGAAGGUUAUCCUGUUAAGCCAGAGGCGUUGAGUGAGGAGGAAAUUUGGGGAAAGAUUGAAGAGUUUCGGCAAGCAGCUAGGAAUGUUGUUGAUGCAGGUGGUGAUGGUGUUGAGAUUCAUGCAUGCCAUGGCUAUCUGAUCGACCAGUUCACCAGCGAAAGUAUCAACAACAGAACCGACAAAUGGGGCGGCUCAAUCGAGAACCGCGCCCGCUUCCUCCUCGAAGUCGUUAAAGCAAUCAUCCAAGAAAUCGGCGCCGAACGAAUAGCCCUUCGCAUCAGCCCGUUCGCAACAUUUCAAGCAGCUUAUACCUCCAACCCAUGGGCACAAUUCGGCUACAUUAUCAGCGAACUUAAGAAGGCAGCCUACAGACUAGCAUACGUCUCCUUCGUGGAACCCCGUGCCAAUCCUGCCCAUCUGGACAUGACUCUCCACAAAUUCGAAAGCGACAAGGUCAACCCUUUGGGAGACGAAAAGCCUAGCCUCGAAUACUUUCUUGAGAUGUGGGAUAAUCAGUCUCCUGUCAUUGUGGGUGGUGGAUAUCUGCCUGAGAAUGUCUCUGAAGCUGUUGAUGGGAGGUAUAAGAAGUGGGAUGUUGUGGUUGCUUUUGGACGGUGGUUCAUCUCGAAUCCGGAUUUGGUUUAUCGUGUCAAGAAUGGUGUGAAGCUGACGCCCUAUAAAAGGGAAUUCUUUUACGCUGCUAGGAGCGAGAUGGGGUAUAAUGAUUAUGCUUUCAGCCAGGGAUUUGUUGAGGCGGCUAAAGCUUAG